UCCGGGCAGGGGGCGUGUGCGCUCCGCGCACCUGCGAGACUACAGAGCCCCGGGCCGGCACGUGUGGGGAGUGUAGACAGGUUCGUUGCACCCCGCUUCUUGCUGCCUAGGGGAAGGGAGUGGGGCUGGCAAGUGACGCGGCCCGGUUUGUGGGAGGGGGCGGCGGCCAUGGAGCGAGUGAACGACGCUUCCUGCGGCCCGUCGGGCUGCUACACCUACCAGGUGAGCAGACACAGCACGGAGAUGCUGCACAACCUGAACCAGCAGCGCAAAAACGGCGGGCGCUUCUGCGACGUGCUCCUGCGGGUGGGCGACGAGAGCUUCCCAGCGCACCGCGCGGUGCUGGCUGCCUGCAGCGAGUACUUUGAGUCGGUGUUCAGCGCCCAGUUGGGCGACGGCGGAGCUGCGGACGGGGGUCCCGCUGACGUGGGGGGCGCAGCGGCGGCCCCAGGCGGCGGGGCUGGGGGCAGCCGGGAGCUGGAGAUGCACACCAUCAGCUCCAAGGUGUUCGGGGACAUCCUGGACUUCGCCUACACUUCCCGCAUUGUGGUUCGCCUGGAGAGCUUCCCUGAGCUUAUGACGGCCGCCAAGUUUCUGCUGAUGAGGUCGGUCAUUGAGAUCUGCCAGGAAGUCAUCAAACAGUCCAAUGUGCAGAUCCUGGUGCCCCCUGCCCGGGCCGACAUCAUGCUGUUUCGUCCCCCUGGGACCUCGGACUUGGGUUUCCCUUUGGACAUGACCAAUGGGGCAGCCUUGGCAGCCAACAGCAAUGGCAUCGCAGGCAGCAUGCAGCCUGAGGAGGAGGCAGCUCGGGCGGCUGGUGCAGCCAUUGCGAGCCAAGCCUCCCUGCCUGUGUUACCUGGGGUGGACCGCUUGCCCAUGGUGGCCGGACCCCUGUCCCCCCAACUGCUGACUUCCCCAUUCCCCAACGUGGCAUCCAGUGCCCCUCCCCUGACUGGCAAGCGAGGCCGGGGCCGCCCAAGGAAGGCCAACCUGCUGGACUCAAUGUUCGGGUCCCCAGGGGGCCUGAGGGAGGCAGGCAUCCUUCCAUGUGGCCUGUGUGGGAAGGUGUUCACUGAUGCCAACCGGCUCCGGCAGCACGAGGCCCAGCAUGGUGUCACCAGCCUCCAGCUGGGCUACAUCGACCUUCCUCCUCCGAGGCUAGGUGAGAAUGGGCUACCCAUCUCUGAGGACCCCGACGGCCCCCGAAAGAGGAGCCGGACCAGGAAGCAGGUGGCCUGCGAGAUCUGCGGCAAGAUCUUUCGUGACGUGUACCAUCUCAAUCGGCACAAGCUGUCCCACUCGGGAGAGAAGCCCUAUUCCUGCCCCGUGUGUGGGCUGCGGUUCAAGAGAAAAGAUCGCAUGUCCUACCACGUGCGGUCCCACGAUGGGUCCGUGGGCAAGCCCUACAUCUGCCAGAGCUGUGGGAAAGGCUUCUCCAGGCCUGAUCACUUGAAUGGACAUAUCAAGCAGGUGCACACUUCUGAGCGGCCUCACAAGUGUCAGACCUGCAAUGCUUCUUUUGCCACCCGAGACCGUCUGCGCUCCCACCUGGCCUGUCACGAAGACAAGGUGCCCUGCCAGGUAUGCGGGAAGUACUUGAGGGCGGCGUACAUGGCAGACCACCUGAAGAAGCACAGCGAGGGGCCCAGCAACUUCUGCAGUAUCUGUAACCGAGGUUUCUCCUCUGCCUCCUACUUAAAGGUCCAUGUUAAAACCCACCACGGUGUUCCCCUUCCCCAGGUCUCCAGGCACCAGGAGCCCAUCCCGAAUGGGGGAGCAGCGUUCCACUGCGCCAGGACCUAUGGCAACAAAGAAGGCCAGAAAUGCUCACAUCAGGAUCCGAUUGAGAGCUCCGACUCCUACGGUGACCUCUCGGAUGCCAGCGACCUGAAGACGCCCGAGAAACAGAGCACCAAUGGAUCCUUCUCCUGUGACAUGGCAGUCCCCAAAAACAAAAUGGAGUCUGACGGGGAGAAGAAGUACCCCUGCCCCGAGUGUGGGAGCUUCUUCCGCUCCAAGUCCUACUUGAACAAACACAUCCAGAAGGUGCAUGUCCGGGCCCUCGGGGGCCCCCUGGGGGACCUGGGCCCUACCCUUGGCUCGCCUUUCUCUCCCCAGCAGAACAUGUCUCUCCUCGAGUCCUUUGGGUUUCAGAUUGUUCAGUCGGCGUUUGCAUCAUCUCUGGUAGAUCCCGAGGUCGACCAGCAGCCCAUGGGGCCUGAGGGCAAGUGAGGCAGAUGCUGCGUCCCCGCAGAAACGGCCAACGGGGACCGCUGAGAAAUGCUGUGAAUGCGGAGGGAAGUGGUGUCUUUGGGUUCUGUAGCUGAGAGAUUUUUAUUCGUUUUUAACUCCCCCUCCAGCCCUGUCACCCACCCCUAUCCCCGAAUGGUCUUUAGAAAUAGAUUCUCAUCUGAUACUCGGCAGAAAUAUCUGCGAGACCCGGUAUGGGAUGAGGGCAGAAAACACUACACAGGCCUCCAAGGCAACACCAGGGCUGGUUUCUCUAACGGGCGGAAGCUGGAGCUCCUGGUGCUCAGUUUUAGUGACCCCAAUUCCACACCUGCACCUGACAGCAUUCUGAGACCUCGGUGAUUUUGGUCCCCUGCUCCUUCUCUAAUCCCUCAUUCCCCCUUCUCAUCUCCCUCAAAAGAUACCACAGUAGGGUCUCCGCCCACUUACACAAUGCUGAUGCCCAACUGUUUUUAAGGAAGCUGGAAGCCUACAGCAUCCCGUGGACCAUGGGGUGAGUGUCCUCUGAGACCCCCCUGAGCUUGACCUUGGACCUGGAGGGCCCAAGACCUUUCUGAGCCCUGCUUGAAGGCUAGCAUUCUGCCACUAGGACAAGCUUAGCAAUCGAGGACACUCGUACCCCAAAUUCCAGUUCUUAGGUGAUUUUAACCAUUCAACUUGCUGUUGGGUUUUAAUUCUCUAAUUAUUAUUAUUAUUGUUAUUAUUUUUUAGGACCAGUUGUAGUGAAUUGCUACUGAAAGCUAUCCCAGGUGAUACAGAGCUCUUUGUAAACCGCAGUCACACGUUAGGGUUUAGGAUUAAACUUUGUUUAGAUGUACCAUAAUUAACUUGGCUAGUCGAUUGUUUGGAGUCUAUGGAAGAAAUAGUUUUAUGCAAAAUUUUAAAAAUGCCAGUCUGGUCAGGGAGGGAAGGUGUUUCAGUGCUGUUGGAAGGCAGGAGAGCUGGCAGGUGGGGACAUCAUACACCUCGGUUGUAUCCACGUGAGCAAGCCAAGGUUGACCCUGUGAUGUGAGUUGAUCUGAUCAGACUAUUAAAAAUGUUAGUACGUUACUCUGCCUGCUCCCCUGAGUCUGGUUUUUUCUCUGGGACCCAAAGGGUGGGCAGUCUGUGCCCCAGCACCUGGGUGGGGUGGGAUCCCAGGAGACCUCUCUUCCUCUUCACUGCAGCAGUCCCACUGGGAUUGACAGGUGGGUGCUUCCCCUGCAGACUCAGCUGCCACCAUCCACCCACCCGCUCUCUCCUGGUCUUCACUGCUCUGUGCCCCAGACCCUGGGGUACAGUGGUGCAUGGGACAUCCUUGUGGAGCUUAAAGGGAGAGAGGGAACCAGUAAGCAGAUUUAACCACAGAGUUCAGAUAGGGAGACAUCCAAGGAGAGAAAUGGGCAAGGGAGGGAUAGUGAUGGCGGGAGAGCAGGUAGGUGGUCCAGGCUGGUGAGAAGCGGGGGUGGGACUCUGGGAGGGAGACCUGGAGCCAGAGAGGACCAAAGAAGCUAGGACCUAAGGGGGGAUGUGGGCAGGGAGAAAACUCUCAGGGUGGCUCUAAGAAGCUCAGCAACUUGAGUCCCCCCUAACCCUGUGUUACCCAGGGGUUAAGUAAAAGGCUGCUGUACCCUCAGUGUGAAUGUAUGAGGAGAAGGGGAAAGAGAACAGCAAAUGGACAAGAAGUGAGCACAAUGGAGAACUAAUGGGAGCAAGAGUCAGAGCAUGAGGGCACGGGCAGACUGUUGGCAGCCUGGGUGUCGAGGGAAAUCCUGAACUAACAGAAAUAGCAUUUAAGCUCCAAACAGCCCAAUGUCUUUUUUUUUUAAUUGAAAUAUAGUUGACAUGCAUUAUGUCAGUUUCAGGUGUACUGCAUAAUUUGAGGUUUGCCUACAUUAAGAAAACAUCACCAGGGCUUCCCUGGUGGUACAGUGGUUAAGAAUCUGCCUGCCAAUGCAGGGGACAUGGGUUUGAGCCCUGGUCCAGGAAGAUCCCACAUGCCGUGGAGCAACUAAGCCCAUGCACCACAACUACUGAGCCUGUGCUCUAGAGCCCGCGAGCCACAACUGCUGAGCCCAUGCACCACAACUACUGAAGCCCAUGUGCCUAGAGCCUGUGCUCUGCAACAAAAGAAGCCACCACAGUGAGAGGCCCGCGCACCACAACGAAGAGCAGCCCCCACUCACUGCAAUUAGAGAAAUCCACAUGCAGCAAUGAAGACCUAACA